AUGCUUCCCAUCGAAUCUGCUGUUGUAACAAGUAUUCUGUCCAGAAGUUGGAGAUAUCAUUGGACUAAAAGAACCGACUUCCACUUGGAUGAUCGAUUGUGGGUUGAUAACGACGCUGGUGAUUAUGAUUUCGUGGACUUCGUUGACUCUGCUUUGCGAAUUGAUCACAAUAUUGAUGUCUCCAUGAACAAGUUACAUCUCAAGAUCAACGAUCUCCACUUUGACUAUGAUAAUCUCGAUGAAUGGAUCGAUUUUGCGGUAGCCCGAAACCUCGGAGCCCUGGAUUUGGAUCUUAGCAGUUCCGACAUCCUGAGAGAUCAUCGUGCCGGUACUAUCGAGUUACGGAGCGAACUAUACACUUAUGGGACACUAAAAGCUCUGAAAUUGAAUGGAUUGUUUAUUCUCAUUAAUGAUGGCCACGUAAUUUGUCUUCCAAAACUAAUUGACUUGAAACUAGAGAACGUUUGGUAUGAAUCGUAUGAAUCUCUCCCGAACCUCAUCUCGGGUUCUCCAAGCCUCACAUCUCUAGAAAUUACAAGGGAUUGGAAUGAUAACAUGGUGGUUUGUACAAUAUCUUCCCCUGUACUAAAACGUAUUGAUUUGUUAUUUUUGGUGUCCACACCUGAUGCUGAUUUCAAGCUGGUUAUUGAUACACCUGGACUUGAGUUUCUCUCCUUAACUGACUACAGCUCUAAGGAAAUCCUAUCCUUGCAAACAACGUUAACAUGUUUGGAUUAUGUCAGGCUCACUGGUUCGAGCCCGUGCCAAUCUUUUGUUGGCUUAAUUCAAGCAUUUGAUCGUGUGGGAUGUCUAGUAAUAGACUCAGACAUGCUCACCCUACAUGGAGGAAAUUACACCAAGUUACUUGCGAAUUUCCAAAGACUAUCUAGUUUGCAAAUCACAAUUAAUGGGGGUUAUGAAUUUUUUAGUUGUGUGAUGGGUUUGAUUGAUUCUUGUCCGGCUUUAAAUAAACUCAGCAUCUUCAGUAGGAAUCGACUUAGACAAAGCAUAUCCAGGAGCCGGAGAGUUCCUCUUACUGUACCCAAAUGCUUGGUAUCUACUAUCACCACCUUUCAUUACUGGGUAUUUGAAGGCUUGAAGGUUGAGAUAGCGAUGCUUAAGUUUAUCUUAAAUCAUGCUUUAGUGUUGAAAACGUUUGAUGUAGGAUUCCAUCGUCAUCGUGAUGGAGCUCAUUAUCUCGAAGCAGAGUUAAGUUUGCUCCAGAAGACAUUCCAGAAGACAUUCGCCUGUUUCGCAGUGUCUCCAGCUUGUGAAGUAACUGUUUGUUGA